AUGGAAGUUGACAGGACAACUACCGAGUUCACUAUUGUAAGAUUGAAACGCAAGCGCAACGCGGAGCCAUUAGACGCGCUCGUCGUCAAACAACUUAUUGAGAAUGGAAUCGAGCAUAAAAAGAAGAGGCCUAAGCAACAAACUGAUGAUAAAGGAAAAGAAAAUGUUUCAGACGAGAGCAAAGAUCACGAAAAAGAAUCUGUACCGCUCAUAUUUCGAUUUGCAGAAACAGUCGACGAGAUUAGUUUCAGCGAUUCAAACAAGAAACAACAGUUGAAAGAUCGCAUAGUGAAGCUGAUCAAUCGUAAGGAUCCCGUACGGCGUAAGGAACACGAAGUUAAGAAAUUUCGAGAUCAACAAAUUGCUAUGUUCAAAGAGAGCGCAAGAAAAGAAAGGUACAAGGUAAUUGACAGGAACCGACAAAAAAGUGGCGCGUCGUUAUUUUCUAGUGAUGAAAAUGAGGAUGGCGAAGAGGUUUCUAACGAAUUAUUCAAGAUGUAUGAUGCUGUCAGAGAGGAGGAAGCAUCUUCACGAAAGACUCUCAACAUAAUUAAUGAUCAAGAUUCUGAUAUUAUGUGUAAUUUCAUUCCUAUGAUCCGAGAGUAUCUUACUCUCGAGGAGAACGCUGAUAAAGAAGAUCAUGUUGAGAGUGAUGACGAAUAUGUUUACGACGUUUAUUACCGUGAUGAUUUUAUGAGCUUUGAUGAUACUAAUGAUUAUCAUAAUAUUGCUGCUCUAACAUGGUUUGAAGAAGAUAAUCAUAUUUUUAUGAAGGAAGCAACUAAAGAUGAAUUCGAAUAUUCUGAUGAAGAAGAUUCCAAUGCGGAAGACUACUAUACGCAUGAUUACCCUGAUGAAGAAGAGGUUUGGAGUGAGCAAGAAGCUUAUUCCUCGGAAGAUGACUAUUAA